AUGAAGACUUUCAUUUUUUUCGCUUUUCUGAUUGGCUUCGCUUCGGCUAUUCCCGUUGACAACGGAGUUGAGGGAGAGCCCGAGAUUGAGUGCGGGCCCACUUCGAUCACCGUCAACUUCAACACCCGUAAUGCCUUCGACGGUCACGUUUACGUGAAGGGUCUCUUCGAUCAGCAGGGAUGUCGUUCUGAUGAGCACGGUCGUCAAGUUGCUGGAAUCGAGUUGCCUUUCGACUCUUGCAACGUUGCCCGUACCCGUUCUCUCAACCCUAAAGGAGUGUUUGUCAGCACCACCGUUGUCAUCCAAUUCCAUCCACAGUUCGUAACCAAGGUAGACCGUGCCUACAGAGUCCAAUGCUUCUACAUGGAGGCCGAUAAGACUGUCAGCGCCCAACUUGAGGUUUCUGAUCUCACCACCGCCUUCCAGACCCAAGUCGUCCCUAUGCCCAUCUGCCGAUAUGAGGUAAGUAACAAGGUCUUAAAAUUUAAUUGCGGCGUAGAUCUUGGAAGGAGGACCAUCCGGUCAGCCCAUCCAAUUUGCCACCAUUGGACAACAAGUCUACCACAAAUGGACCUGUGAUUCCGAGACCACCGACACCUUCUGCGCUGUCGUUCACUCUUGUACCGUUGAUGAUGGCAACGGAGAUACCAUCCAAAUCCUAAACGAAGAGGGAUGUGCCCUCGACAAGUUCUUGCUCAAUAACUUGGAGUACCCAACUGAUCUGAUGGCUGGUCAAGAAGCUCACGUCUACAAAUACGCCGACCGUUCUCAGCUCUUCUACCAGUGUCAGAUCAGCAUCACCAUUAAGGAACCGAACAGUGAAUGUGCUCGACCAAAAUGUUCCGAGCCAACUGGAUUUGGAGCCCAGAAACUCGGAGGUGGUGCCGGUGCCACUCCAGCCGCCGCCCCAGCUAAGGGGGCCGCUCCAGCCCAACUUCGUCUACUGAAGAAACGUGACGCAGGUUAUGACAACACGUUGGACGUCCGCACUGAACUCAGUGCCAUCGAAAUUAGCGACCAGGUAGAUAAUUUUGUAAGGGGUCUACAAUAACAUACUUAAUUCAAGGCUGCUGCCCUCCCAGAGAACCUCCGCCGCACUCUCACCUACCAGACUCCCUCCCUCAAGGACGAAGGAGUUUGUCUUACCGGAUACAGUGUCACCAUGCUGCUUGCUGGCGCUUCCAGCUUGGUCCUGGUUAUCUGCAUCGUUGCUGCUCUCACCAUUCGAGGCCAGAAACCACAAAAGUUCUAA